AUGCAGUCAACGAUUGCGACCUCGAGUGCUACGACUUCUAUGCUUGCUGUCGAAUCAGCGCCAGCACAAGGUGCUCUCGAUUCUGCAGGUGCUGGCAUCGUGGGAGGUUACACAGGCAACUCUCUCAACCUCAAGAUUACCCUUGCCUUCCUUUUGGGGCUCGCGCUGUAUAAUGCAGUGGAGCUUCUUGUCCUUAUCUUAGUUACGUUCCAGCGAUUUCGUGGUGUGUACUUUUGGAGCCUUGUUAUUUCUGCGUUUGGUGUCAUCUUCUAUGCGCUAGGGUUCUUGAUUAAAUUCUUUCGAGUAUUGGAUCCGAACCAGGAUGUAGGCUAUGUCGCCGUCGUAAUGCUUACUUUUGGAUGGUAUGCUAUGGUCACAGGUCAAUCCGUGGUUUUAUGGUCUCGACUCCACCUUGUUACUGCCUCGCGUCGCCUUACUCGCUGGACACUCUACAUGAUCAUCAUCAACGGCGUACUUCUACACUCCACCACGACCGUCCUAACGUUUGGCUCGAACUCGAACUCGCUAUCUGAUACCAGACUCGCACGCUUUGUUCAUGGUUAUUCCAUUAUGGAAAAGAUCCAGAUGGUCGGCUUCUUUGUCCAGGAGUUUAUCCUCUCAGCAGUUUACAUUCGCGAAACGAUACGUUUACUUCGCCUUUCGGAGUCCGUGCAAGAUGAGGGGCGGAGAUUGGAUGAUGGAACUACAGAACAUGGGCACUUGAAGAAUGCAAGCGUAAGGAAAACGAUGUAUCAACUUCUGGCCAUCAACGUUUUGAUCAUCAUCUUGGACCUGUCAAUCCUCAGCGUGGAGUUCGCGAAUCUCUACCUCAUAGAAACUUCGUUAAAAGGUGCUGUGUAUUCGAUCAAGUUGAAACUGGAAUUUUCUGUACUUGGAAAGCUUGUUCAGCUUGUACGAGUUCGUUCAACAUCGAACAAUAGUGUCAGUCAGCGACUCAAGCAUGAACAAAGAGGGAAUUCCACAGGCUUGACUUUAGAAAAGACAAAUUCCGGGAAGGUUAGCAGUGUGAUGCCUCGGGGAAAUGCUACUGCACCUGGAAACGGCAGUCUUUGGGGUGUUAGUAACAGUACGGACACUACGCAUUUUCCAGACUUCGUGGACCCGAGUCGGAUCAGUUCCGAUAUAACGCACGCAAAGCUGAUGUCACCAGCGAGAGCAGCUGGAGAUGAUGGAUGGGAAACACGUCACGAUGAGAAUAGAGAAAAAUGGAAGAGAAGGACAAUGAGCAAGCGCGGAAGCUGGAUUGAUCAAGAAAUGGACAAGCACAACAUCGGGUGA